AUGCAAAUUUUACUAGUUGUGGCCCUUUGCGCCUUUGUGGCAAGGAUUUCCGCCGCGACACCACCCCAACCGCUCUAUACACUUAUCACAAGUAAAGAAUACGGGUUAAAUCUUACACGCGAUAUCGAAACGGGGGAAGUCGGGUUCCAGAGUGGUAGCUUUAGCAGACAUUGGAUUGAUGUCCCAGUUUCUCAGGGUGUCAAAAACUGGCACUGUUUUAGGUCGUCAGCUCAAAAGGAGCUGCAGCGGUCAACUUGGUGGAUUCGGUUUGAGAACUAUAUAUCUGGCCAAGCCGCAACAACAUAUUCACGAGGAGGGAAUUAUUACGCAUACCAUCCAUCACUAUUUGAGAUCGAAAAAGUCGGCGACACCUACUAUAUAGUGUCACUUGAACCUUCAGACCCGAAUAGAAGACUAGCCUGGACUAUCGAAAACAAUUCCACCACGAGUGAGAACUUCCUCUUGAAAUUGCGGCCUUACUCGCGCUCAUCGAGCCAAAAGUUCACGAUAACACAAGAACCCGGAGACCCAAUCGAUAUGUUGUCUAAUUUGCCGCCGGUGGCUUGA